UUCUUUGCGUCCAUUGGAGCAAAGGCAGCAGCGACGUGUCCCUGUUAUGGCAGCCACAUGCAGCCGGACGGAGAUGCUUUUUUAAAGCCUGGUGGCAUGCUUUGACUGAUGCCUUUCAAGAGACCUGCCACUGGUUUUGCUUUCUGUUUCUUCUACUUGAGUUCUUAUUUCACCAACAAGUAUGUCUUAUCUGUCCUGAAAUUCACCUAUCCAACGCUUUUUCAAGGGUGGCAGACACUUGUUGGUGGAAUUCUCUUACAUGCUUCCUGGAAAAUCGGCUGGGUUGAGAUCAGCACCAGUUCAAGGUCUGAAGUAUUAUCAUGGCUUCCAGCUUCUGCACUUUUUGUGGGUAUUAUUUAUUCAGGUUCCAGGGCAUUAUCUAGAUUGCCAAUUCCUAUCUUUCUUACCUUACACAAUGCUGCAGAUAUUAUAUUUUAUGGAAUGGAAGUCUCAGUGCACAAAGAGCAGAACUCCACCCUAAAACUCUGCAGAGGGCUGAUUCUUCUGGUGGCUGCAGGAGGGCUGCCUUUCAAUGACCCACAGUUUGAUAUAGAUGGCUAUUUUUGGGCCCUCAUACAUCUACUAUGUGUUGGGGCUUACAAAGUAUUUCACAAGUUGUGGAAACCAAAUUCUCUAAGUAUCUCUGAACAACAAUACAUAAACUAUGCAUUCAGUGUGGUGAUGUUGGCUUUUGCAUCCCACCCAACAGGUGAUCUCUUCAGUGCCUUGGAAUUUCCACUUCUGAACUUUUACAUCUUUCACAGCAGUUGCCUUGCCAGUGGACUUUUGGGAUUUCUUCUGACUUUACAUACUAUGAAACUUAAAAGUAGCAUCUCCUCAGGACAAUAUUUAGCUUGGAAUUUCGUAGCGAAGGUUAUCACAGCUGGUCUGUCUCCAUUCUUCUUUGAAAUUACAGUGAAUGUACCAACUGCCUGCUGUCUUUUGCUGGCUGGAUUUGCUGAAGUCUUUCUUCUUUACAUUGAAAGGACUGGCACGUGAACACUGACAAGUGAGGAAGAUGACUCUUCAAUGGGACUGCUCAAUUUUUGUUUAAGAACAAGUGAUUACUGAAGAUGUGUAAGCAAACAUCAGGUUACAAGCGCAGUCCCAUGACUGCACUUUCUCAAAAAAAAGUCCUAUUCGCAAUAACACCGAGACAUCCGCUAUAGGAUAGUGUAGGAUGAAUUCUACCUGUUCCUGUUUUUAAGUCAUACCUUCUAUUAAUAGCAAUGCAUAAAAAUGGGAUUUGAUUCUUUUUUUUCUUUGAUAGUAUGCUAAAAUGAAGGAUCAUCACUAAACUGGAACUUCUCUGGUAUUAUCCAAACAUUCUCUACUUUUCUUCUCAGGGCCAAUCUUCUAAUUGUAGCACUCUAUUCAGAUGAUAAUUGCUUAUUUUAUCACAAAAUGGAAUAGAUGACCUAUUACCCCCUCAUGAAGCCCUGCAUUAGGGGUUACUCUGAUCUUGGAUGUUUUUCAGAUAAAGAGUAGUUCUGUUCCUCAUCAGCCUGGAGUGCACAUUACUUAUUGUAGGUAAUAUACUUCUUGCUUCCUUAUCCUCCUCCUGACACUGGAUGGUAAGAUGUUGGCAGCAAAACUGUGUGGGAAGAAUAGAUCCAUUGGCAAGCAUCAGUACCAUACAUUCCUGGGGGUGGAGGGGGCGAUAUAGAUAUAAUGACCUCAUAUGAUCCAACCCUCACAUAUAAUAGUGCUAAGUUUUGUGAAUGCAGCCAAUUCACUGUUUUUUACACUUAGCAACUUUUAAGAUGUGCAGACUUCAACUCCCAGAAUUCCCCAGCCAGCAUGCCUUUACAAAUUUGCUGUCAGGCAAACAUAAGAUGCAAGAAAAAUCCAACCAGACUAUAAAUGACCACUCAUAAAUAAGUGAUCAUCAGUUACUCUGAUAGGAUAAGCGCACUUGAAGACUUACCCCUUUUUGUCCGAUCACACAACACUAGUUGUGUUAACUCAGGUACAUAACAUCAUUUGUGCUUAUUUCCCUACACCUUCUAUCAUUGAUUCACAUACUGUACACUAAUUCAGUUAAACUGUUAAUGAGUUACAUUAGUUGGGUUCAGACAAUACUCCAACUCACAUUAUGCUUUUGUUAUGUAUGAUAAUAUAUGAACACAGCCAUCUGUCGCCAGUUUGCCUUGGCAUGGGCAAAAUGUAAGCAUAUUGGCUAAGUUAAUUUUGUUCCCGUGGAUACAGGGUUAUAAGUACAUUGUGGGUUGGCAUUUUUGAGCCUCUUUGUAAAAGCAAAUAUAUUUCCAAUAUACCUUGAAAAGAAAUAAUAACUCAUUGGAAGGUCUUCUCCAAUAUUCUGUACUUUUUGGCAUGGUAGAGAUAAAAAUCACUGUGAAUAUUCAAAUUCAAUAGAAUUGAAUGGUAAGCAGGAAGGAUCUGGUUCAAUCUCCACUAAAGUAAGAGCAUCACAUUCAGUUCUACUUUCUCUAUAAAAUGAAACCAUUUGAGAAUUAGAAAUUUUAAAAAAACCUCACCCCAUCCCAGAAUCUGAUGUGUGCCGAGGACUCUUUGGAAAAUAAGAGUAAAAAUUAGGAUGAUAGUCAGCAGAUCUGCAACACUACUUCCAUUGAAUGAAAAAAUAAAGUGAAUCUUACAUUUAA